AUGUUCAGAUUGACAAUUCAAACUUUUUCAAUACAACAUAGAUCAUCACUACAUCGAAUACUAUUUCAAAACAACAAUAUCCUUCCAUCAUCAAUAAAAUCACCUAUCAAAAAUAUAAUAAUGUCUAAUAACGGUAAGAAACAAGCUACAUUAGCUCGUUUUUUCACUUCAAUUAAGAAAUCAGAAAAACCGACUUUAGAUAAACAAGUUAAUCAGGAACCCAUUGAAAAAUCAAAUGCAAGAGUAUCUGAAACAACAAAUAAUUCUCCUGUUAAGAAACCAAAAAUUGAAAUUACACCUGAGUCUCAACCAAUUGUCUCUCAAGAGAAUAAAAAACCCGAUGGCCCAUUCGUUUCGAAAGUGCCUUAUAAUGAAUUAUGUAAUUUAUUUGAAGAAAUUGAAAAGACUUCUUCAAGAUUAUCUAUUAUUAAACUUUGUUCUGAUUUCUUAAUCAAAAUAAUGAAGGAGGAUAAAAGAAAUUUAAUUCCAGUGACCUAUUUAUGUAUUAAUAAAUUAGGUCCAGAUUAUUUGCCAGGGAUGGAAUUAGGUUUAGGUGAAGGAUUAUUAAUGAAAACAAUUAGCGAAGCAUGUGGUAAAUCAUUAGCUCAAGUUAAAUUAGAGUAUAAAGAUACAGGUGAUUUAGGUCAAGUGGCAAUGACUGCAAGAAGUAUUCAACCAACAAUGUUCAAACCAAAACCUUUAACAGUUGGUGAAGUAUUUCAAAAUUUGAAAUUAAUUGCAUCUUCGCAAGGGAAAGAUUCCCAAACAAGAAAGAUGAAACUGAUAAAAAGGAUGUUAACGGCAUGUGAAGGUGUUGAAGCCAAAUUUUUAAUUAGAUCGUUAGAAUCGAAACUUAGAAUUGGUUUAGCAGAAAAAUCUGUAUUGAUUUCAUUAUCCAAGGCUCUCUUAGUUAAUGAAUAUGAUCAAAAUAAAAACAUUGACACUGAACUUAUUGAAACAGCAGAACAAAAGAUUAGAGAUGCCUUUUGUCAAGUUCCAAAUUACGAAAUCAUCAUUAAUUCAUGUUUGGAACAUGGUAUAAUGGAAUUAGAGACACAUUGUUCAUUAAGACCAGGUAUCCCAUUGAAACCUAUGUUGGCUAAACCAACUAAAGCAAUUACAGAAGUGUUAGAUACUUUCCAAGGUCAACAUUUUACUUCCGAAUAUAAAUAUGAUGGUGAAAGAGCUCAAGUCCAUUUGAUGCCAGACGGAACAAUGAGAAUAUAUUCACGUAAUGGUGAAAAUAUGACUGAAAGGUACCCAGAAAUUAAUAUUCAUGAUUUCAUUAAAGAUACUAAUGAGACCAAGACCUUAAUUUUGGAUUGCGAAGCUGUUGCAUGGGAUAAAGAGCAAGAAAAGAUUUUACCUUUUCAAGUAUUAAGUACAAGAAAACGUAAAGGUGUUGAUAUUAAGGAUAUUAAAGUUAGAGUGUGUCUAUUUGCCUUUGAUAUCUUGUGUCUAAAUGAUGCUAAAUUAAUUAAUCAUACAUUAAGAGAAAGAAGAGAUAUCUUACAAACUGUUACUAAAGUGGUUCCUGGUGAAUUCCAAUAUGCGACAGAACUAACCACCAACAAUGUUGAAGAAUUACAAAAAUUUCUUGAUGAUUCUGUCAAUCAUUCUUGUGAAGGUUUAAUGGUAAAAAUGCUUGAUGGCGUGGAAUCACACUAUGAACCAAGUAAAAGAUCUCGAAAUUGGUUGAAAUUGAAGAAGGAUUACUUGGAUGGUGUUGGUGAUUCUUUAGAUCUAUGUGUACUAGGUGCCUUCUAUGGGAAAGGCAAGCGUACCGGUAAAUAUGGUGGUUUUCUCCUUGGUUGUUAUAAUCAAGACACUGGUGAGUUUGAAACUGCUUGCAAGAUUGGUACUGGGUUUUCUGAUGAAUUGUUACAACAAUUGUAUGAUAGAUUAAGUCCUACUGUAAUUGAUGGUCCUAAAGCUACAUAUGUAUUUGAUCCUAGUGCAGAACCAGAUGUAUGGUUUGAACCUACUGUUUUAUUCGAAGUACUGACGGCAGAUUUAUCUCUUUCACCUAUCUAUAAAGCAGGUAGUGCUACAUACGAUCGUGGUAUCUCAUUAAGAUUCCCCAGAUUCAUUCGUUUAAGAGACGAUAAGGGUUCUGAGGACGCCACUUCUUCAGAACAAGUGAUAGAAUUCUACGAAAGUCAAAGUCAUAUCCAGAAUUAA